AUUUCAUGUCAUUUCCAAAGUAAUUCAAACUUUCUCUGAACAUUUAUUUCUUUCUCUAAACGGGUUCUUGGGUUUGAGUCUUCUUCUUGUCUUCACCCCUCUUGUAUUUUUCUGAUUUCAUCUCAUUCGCAGACUUGUACAACACGUCUCUCUCUCUCUCUCUGAUCUUUUCCAGAGCUAUAAGUUUGUAAAAUUGACCCAAGAAUAUCUGAGAUUUUCUUUCCAUGAGACUAUAUGGCUGUCGUAACUAACCUCAAAAGCUGUCUGAAGAUUUCUUAUGUCAUAUUUGCCUUCUGUUCUGCUUUCUUUCUCGGCGCUCUCAAAGGUUUGAUCGUAGGUCCCGUUGCUGGAUUAACAUUAAUAGCAGGAAACGUUGGAGUGAUUCUUGGUUUGUUCCCUGCACAUGUUACUUGGACAGUUUACACUGUUGCAAAGACAAACCGAUUUGAUAUCCCUCUGAAACUAGCAAUCUUGGUAGCCCUUCCUGCACUGUUUGGUAUAUGGUUAGGUCUAAGUAUAGCAAUAAGUGUCCUUGUUGGUGUUGGCUAUGGAUUCUUCACUCCAUGGAUCUCUGCUUUUGAAGCAUUCAGACAAGACACUGAAUCCAACAAGUUCUUCCACUGUCUUGUGGAUGGAACUUGGGGAACAAUCAAAGGAAGUUGUACCGUGGUAACCGAUUUUGCAGAUCUUUGUUACCAUUCUUAUCCUCUUUACCUAAAGGAACUGCGAGAAUCCCCUGACUCAAAUGAGCUUCAAACUCUUAGGUUGAUUCAUGUUCCUGGAUGCAUCAUUGUAGGGAUUAUAGGACUAGUUAUAGAUAUACCUCUUUUCACUGCAAUAGCUGUCGUUAAAAGCCCUUACCUUCUGUUCAAAGGAUGGUACAGACUAGCUCAAGAUGCUAUUAACCGAGAAGGACCAUUCCUCGAGAUAGCUUGCAUCCCAGUUGCUGGUUUGACAAUACUAUUAUGGCCUAUUAUAGUCAUUGGAUUUGUCUUGACGACCAUCUUUGCCAGCAUCUUUGUCGGCUUGUAUGGAGCCAUAGUUGUGUUUCAGGAAAGGUCAUUUAGAAGAGGAGUGUCUUAUGUGAUUGCAGUGGUUGGAGAGUUUGAUGAGUACACAAACGAUUGGCUUUACCUUAGAGAAGGAACUAUCUUCCCAAAGCCAAGAUAUAGAAUGACAAAAGGAUCCUUUUCAAGUGAAGUGUCAGUGAUUGUUCACCCUACAACUGUAAGCAGAGUCAAUAGUUCUGGUUCUGUAGAACCUCCAGCUAUGCUAGUGCCAAGUCUGGUUCGGUCUGUAUCUGUUAGAGGAGCAAUACAAGAAGUGAGGAUGGUUCAGAUUUGGGAGCAUAUGAUGGGGUGGUUUGAGAUGGAAGGCAAAGAACUACUAGACCAAGGAGUGAUAACACCAGCUGAUCUAUACGAGUCUUUAAAGGGGAGACAUGGAACUGAAUUAUCAAUUAUCAAUGUCGGCCUUCCUUCUUAUGCUUUGCUUCAUACAUUGCUUAGAUCUAUUAAAGCUGGUGCUCAUGGUGUGCUUUUGCUUGAUGGCUCGGAGGUGACUCAUUUGAAUAGACCGCAGGACAAGUUCUUGGACUGGUUCUUUAAUCCAAUUAUGGUGUUGAAAGAUCAGAUUAGAGUGAUUAAACUUGGAGAAAGUGAAGUUAGGUACUUGGAGAAAGUAGUUCUCUUUGGAAACGAUGAACAAAGGAUGGAAGCUUGGGACAAUGGCGGUAAAACACCUAAAAAAAACCUUAGAGCUGCUCAGAUUCAAGGAAUCAGUAGAAGAAUGAUGGGAAUGGUACGGAGUGUAUCUAAGCUUCCGACGUAUAGGAGAAGGUUCAGGCAAGUGAUUAAGGCUCUAAUAACGUAUUGGUUAGAGAAACAAGGCUUGAAUCGAACCGGUUCAAUGAGUUCAGGAGAUUUCAUUGAAGAGGUCUAACCUAAGAGGAGCAACGUUUGUUUGUCUUCAAAUAUAUAUAUUAUUAGGGCUUUUUUAUUUCCGUUGUAAGAUGUAUUUUUAAUUUCUUGUGGUAGCAUUUAGCUUUGUUUGUUCAACCCUACUUGAACGGCUAGUUAGGCUAAAUUGGAAUUUGUCUAUACA